AGGUCUCGGGCCCUCAGGCGGAGCGGCAGGCGCCGGACCCCCAGGAGGAGCGACAGGUCUCGGGCCCUCAGGCGGAGCGGCGGGCGCCGGGACCCCCAGAUGGAGCGACAGGUCUCGGGCCCUCAGGCGGAGCGGCGGGCGCCGGACCCCCAGGCGGGGGCGGCGGGCACCGAGUCACCAGGCACAACAGUGGGCUCCGAGUCAACUGGGAUGACCGCUGGCACUGGGUCAGACAUUGGAUCGUCUGGCUGGACAGCGGGCAUCGGGUCACCAGGCAUCAGGUCAUUUGGCUCGACAGCGGGCACCGCGUCAUCUGGCAAGGCAGUGGGCUCCGAGUCAACUGACAUUGGAUCGUCUGACUGGACAGCGGCUCUGAGUCAAUUGGCACGACAGCGGGCACUGGAUCAGGUACCGGAUCAUCUGGAUCAACAGCGGGCAUCGAGUCAACUG